GACUCUGUCCUCUCCCGCCAUUACCGGCUCGUGGCUUCCUUCAGCAUAACUCUGAAGCUAAUCCUCUCACCGAUGACGAAGAAGAAGAAGAAGAAGACGACGACUUCUACUCACCUCUCGCGUCUCUAGCCGGUAACGAACCACGAGACUCCGGCUAUCCUUCAACCUCGGAUUCUCCGUCAAUGUCACCGUCCGCUACGAUUUCUCCGCCUUUGAGCUCGACGGCUGCACACUGGUCAACCCAAAACCGUCAAUCUCCGUCGCCGGAGAGACGGGUGAGGAGCAAUAAAAGAUACGGGCCGUCUCUGAGAAUGUUCAGCCUCUGGAAUCAGAAUUCAGGUUUCCCUCGAAUCUCCUCUGCUUCUACUUCGCCGGAAAGAGGUGCGAUUAGGACGCCCGACGCAUACGCUCGUUCCUCCAUGUACUCGUCAGUUUCCACCACGCCGGAUCGGUUUUUCCGGAAGGUUCUGGAGAGUUCGCCGCCGAGAUGGAACGAUUUCAGUCGAAAUGUCAAGUCUUUGUUCCUCUCUUCCACUCCUGCGUCGCCGGCUAGAGAUUUCUGUGUCGACAUCUCUGAAUCUUCUAGAAAUCUGAAACCUUCUUGGGAAAAUUCAGAGCUUCAUGUAAUUGAACAGAGCGAAUCUUCUCCUCCUGCUCCUCCUCCUCCGCAACGGCCACCUCCGCUUGUGCCACCGUCACAGUCUUUCAUGGUUCAGAAAUCUGGGAAGAAGCUAUCUUUUUCUGAGUUACCACAGAGUUGUUGGGAAGGAACAACAGAGCGACCAAGGCCAAAGCUGAAACCUUUGCCUUGGGAUAAAGUCCGACCAAAUUCUUGCCGGAAAAAUAGCUGGGGAAGUCUUAAAUUCAAUCCUCCAAAUGCUAAUCCAAAACGAAGAAGUCUUAGCUGUGAUCUUCCAAUGCUAAACCAAGAAAGCAGAGUUUUGCAUCCAAGAAAGAGUCAGAAUAUUGCUUUGCUGCUUACAACACUUGAGCUCACCACAAGUGAUAUCCGUCAGGCUCUUCUAGAUGGUCACUAUGAAGCACUCGGAGUUGAACUUCUUGAGAGUUUAUCAAGAAUGGCACCGAGUGAUGAAGAAGAAAUGAAGUUGAAGAGUUGUAGCAAUGACUUAGAGAUCAAGCUUUCCCCAUCAGAGAGGUUUCUCAAGGAACUGCUUGAUGUGCCUUUCGUGUUCAAACGUGUUGAUGCAUUGCUCUCUGUUGCUAACUUUAAUUCCAAGGUUGCACACUUGAAAAGAUCAUACGGCGUUAUACAGGCUGCUUGUGAGAAACUGAGAAAUAGCAAAAUGUUGCUGAAACUUCUUGAAGCUGUCUUGGAGAGAGAAACCAAGAGCGGGAAUGCUCAUGACUUCAAACUCGAGGCGCUUCUCGAGCUUGUUGAUGUCAAAUGGUUAGAUGGAAGAACCAGUCUCUUGCACUCUGUUGUAAAGAACACCUUAGAAGCAGAAGGCGUCAAAGGGAUAAAAGUUGUCGAAAAUCUCACUUCGGUACUUUUAGAUGUCGAGAAAGCUGCAGAAAUGGACUAUGGUGUUCUAAGAAGAGAAGUGUUGACGCUUUAUCAAGAAGUCCAGAGAGUGAGUGAGGUUCUGCUACUGAAUGAUGAGAGUGGAUGUAAUGAAGAACAGCAUUGGUGGAAAUUCAGGGAGUCGAUGACAGGAUUCUUGGAAAGCGCUGUAGAGGAGAUUCAAAAGAUUGAAACAGAACAAGGUUCCACGCUCUAUGCAGUGAAAGAGAUCACAGAGUAUUUCCAUGGAGAUUCAGCAAAGGAGGAAGCACAGGUUUUGAGAGUUUUCGUGAUCUUGAGAGACUUCUUGUCCAUUUUAAAUGGAGUACGCAGUGAAAUGGCUUAG